AUGUCGCACUCUCCUCUGCCAGAACUUCGCGGUCAGCAGACCAGCUGGGCGUCUUCCCCGGAGACUGCCACAGUGAAUUUCACUGUAAAAGACGACAUAUUGCUGAUGAGAGCUAUCGUUGGGUGCGAAGCAGGCAACUGUUUUAAUUACGGGUCGAAAUGCUGGAAGGACUUCACGAGGGCGCUGAAUCGAAGCACAGAGACGAGCUUCUCCACAGCUACCGAGAGGACGUUGCGGGAGCGAGCUGUAAAAGUGGUUACGAAACACCGCUCUGAUUCAAACUGGCGGCGUCGCCAGUCCGGGAAUGCUGAAGAGAGGGACGAAAAGCUGCAGUUGAUGGAAGAAGCCGCCUCGAUUUACGUAAAUCGCCAGCUACAGUCAGAUUCCAAGAGUCGCAAGGAAGGGUUAGAUCGGGCAAAGGGCGCUGCAUGCCGUGAGCUGGCCAUGUCGGUCCUGUCCGAGAAGCGAUCCAUCUCUGACCUUUCAACUGACGAUCACAAGGAGCUCGACCCAGAUAUGAAGAAGCCCAAACCUUCACCAGUGCAGCCGAAGAAAUCACCAAAAGAAACGAGCACCACAGCGUUGCUGUCCUAUUUCAGGGAAAAAGACGAGGCUGACCGGCAAGGCAAGACAGUGGCCCUGGAAUUGGAAAAGGACAAGGUGACGUUGGAGAGGGAGAAGUGGGAGACAGAAAAGCAGCGAGAGGAACAAAGACAUGCCCAACAGCAGCAGCAGCAAGUUAUCGACAAUGAAAGAGAAGCCAAAAAAUUGGACCUGGAAGCCAAGAAGCUUGCUGCUGAGGAUGAGGAACGAAGCCAUCGCCAUCGACUGGAGAAUGAACGCUUCCAGAGAGAGCAGCAGCGCGGCGAUCAACAGAUGGAGAUGAUGAUGAGCCUUGUGAAACACGUUUUGCCGAAAAACAAUUGA